GCAGCGGCGGCCGCCGAGCGCAGCGCGACCCGGCCCGGCCCGGAUCUGCUGGGCUCCGCUCGGUUCGACUCGGCUCCGCUCGGAUCGGAUCGUAUUGGAUCGGAUCGGAUCGGUUCGACUCGGCUCAGCUCGGCUCGGCUUGGCUCGGCUCGGUUCGGCUCGGCUCGGCUUGGAUCGGAUCGAUUCGGCACGGCUCGACUCGGCUCAGCUCGGCUCGGUUCGACUCGGCUCGGCUCGGCUCGGCUUGGCUCGGCUCUGUUCGGCUCUGUUCGGCUCGGCACAGCGCGGCCCGUCGCGGGUGAUGGCGAACUCAACAACUCCUCAGGCCUGGACCAGAAUCGUCAACACUUCCUCGGUCACAAGCAGCAUGGAAGACAACACGUACAAGUGUGUAUUUGAUGAGGACUUCAAGUACGUCCUGCUGCCUGUCUCCUAUGGCAUCGUGUGCGUGGUGGGUCUGUUCCUCAACCUGCUGGCCCUCUAUGUCUUCAUCUUCAGGAUCAAGACAUGGAACGCCUCCACCACGUACAUGUUCAACCUGGCCGUGUCCGACACGCUCUACGUGGUCUCCCUGCCCCUCCUGGUGUACUACUAUGCCAUGGGGGACAACUGGCCCUUCAGCGUGGGCUUGUGUAAGAUAGUCCGCUUCUUGUUUUACACCAACCUCUACUGCAGCAUCCUUUUCCUCCUCUGCAUCAGCAUCCAUCGAUUCCUGGGCAUCUGCUUCCCGCUGAAGUCCCUGCAGUGGGGGCACGCUCGCUAUGCCCGGAGAGUGUCGGUCGUCGUGUGGGUGGUCACUGUGGUGUGCCAGUUGCCCGUGCUCUUCUUCGUCACCACCAGCAUGAAGCGCGACAGUAUCACCUGCCACGACACAUCCAGGAAGGACCUCUUUGGCCAGUUUGUCAUUUACAGUUCGGUGAUGCUGGUGCUUCUCUUCUGCAUCCCCUUCCUUAUCAUCAUCGUGUGCUAUUGCCUAAUGGCUCGGAGGCUGCUACAGCCCACAAGGGGUACCUCCCGGAUGUCCCAAUCCAAAAAGAAGUCAGUCAAGAUGAUAAUCAUAGUCCUGGUGGUCUUCAUCGUUUGCUUCCUUCCUUUCCACAUCACUCGUACCUUGUACUACUCCUUCCGGAGCUGGGACUUAAGUUGUCAGACCCUCAACGCUAUCAAUUUAGCCUACAAGGUGACCAGGCCCCUAGCUAGCACCAACAGUUGCUUGGAUCCCAUUUUAUAUUUCUUAGCAGGACAAAGAUUUAUGAAGUUUGCAGGCAACAAAAUGCCAGGGAAACCCCAAAAUGAAAUGGCCCUGGGAAUCAUGCCCAAUGCUCACCUGAAAACCAGCAAUGGCACAGACACGAUAUCCGAGGAUAGGAAAUCCUAGCUCUUCUCCAUCACGUUACGGUGAGUACCCUCUCCCCAGUGGAAGGGUUUAUCCUGUGCGUGAAGGGAGCUGGUGAUGCCUUCGGUCUCCCGAGGCCUGCGGUGGUUUGCAGUGCACUGGCUUGCACCCGCUUCAGCGUGGUCCGUGUUAAAUGCACUCCUAUGCAAGCUGCCAUUUCGAACGUUUUUGAAGGAAGAUGCUUCUGUGGUUAUACCGAGAAACUCCGUAUCUGUGUCUCUUCUGCCAAACCUGCCCAUCUGCUCAACACCGAAUGGCAUCUCCCCAACAGUGAAUGUCAGUGACCUCUAUGAUGGUGGCAAAAUGUGCUAGAAAAUCAUGCCCCGAAUAUUUAAGAUUGUUUUCUAAACCAGAAACUUUUCAUGCAAAAGACUUCUGAGAACUGAAGAAAUACAUUUGCCUUUCUCCAGAUACCCUGGCACGUUGUUAGCAAGUGUUUAUCAGAAGUUUUGUGUCUCUUGGCAAGGGAAGAAAGGCUUUCGAUCGAUGAGGAGCGUCAGCUGUGGUUUUAAUAAACAGGUCGAUAAAAAUAACAAGUGCAAAUACCACCCGCUGCAGCGAAGGGACUCCCACAGCUCUAACAGCCCUUAAGAAAUGUUCCCCCAGCUUCUGCCCAUGCCUCUGAUGGACCAGCCAGGAAGGGAUUUCGAGGUCUUCUCCAAGGGCUGCUUUGCCAUUAAAGGGGUUGCUGGUGGGAUGAUACCCUCCAUCCCAUGGGGGCUUGCUGGUACUAGCAGGCAGGUCCCCUGUAGCUUCCUCCAUGAAGAAGUGUGAGUGGGGUUAGCGUCCUACUCAUCAGAGACCUGCUAGUGCUUUGCCCCCCAGCAACAUCCACCUUCGAAAGGCUUUUAGAAACUCGUAGAGUUAUCUCAGCUGCUGCCUUUAAUAAUCAUCUCCAGCUCAUUAAAACUUAAGGGGGUUGAGCUCUUUAUGCCUUGUUUUUAACCCUCUUAUUAAUGAUUCAUGUUUCCAGCAAAGGAGCGUAGACUGGUGCCCAUACCCUCCGCUAAGUGCUGCCAUGUCCUCGUUGCUGCUCAGAGAUUACAGCCCUUAGCAGCUUGCCAUGACCCAAAGAGCUGCUGAAAUCCUGCGCAGACCCUGCUGUCCAGUCUCCCCAUGAUCCCAGUAAUCCCAGUGCUCAGCAUAUCCCUCACUGACAGCAUGGACCUUCCCUUGGAAAUUUGGCAGUGCUAAAUGCUGAAUUUAGGAGCCGUAACAUUAAACGUGGUGCUUAGGGAGCACUGUGUCUGCUAGUCAGGACUAAGCUUCUGUGUGGGUUUAACUCCCACUGGAGCAUCUUUAAGCAGGGAAGUGACCCUGCUCCUGUGUCUAGUCCUAGCCCUUUUCUCCAGGCUGUGCUGUGCUGGCCGUCUUGCCCACGCUGAUCCUGAGGGUCUGUGAAAGGGGAGGAAGACAUCGAGCAUAUGGCAAAUGGCUCGCGUCUCCCUCACGUGGAGACGUUCCUUCUCCGGGCCUUUUUUUCAGGGUCUGCAGAUCAAGAAGGGUGGGAAACCCCAAGAUCGAGGAAGGUAGGCAGCAGAGGUGGGGGAGAAGAGCUCCCCAGGUGCCAUGUCCCUUCUCAAGGAGGAUGGGUGUAGGUUGAUCUCCAGUGAUGGCUUCUUGUGGCCGGUGGGAGUCAAAUAUUCUCCAGCAUGUGCAAAACCACCAGAAUCCGGCCAGUCGCAGUUGGGAUGGACAGCACCGUCUUGGCUGCUUUUGCUCAGGUCUUCUCUGAUUGGCUUUCCAGCUGUUGAGUUGGCAUGUCUCAUGCCAGUCCUGACUGGAUUUGGCCUUUCAUCCUGAAGUCUGUCAGGACAAUUCAAACCAGGCUAGCAAAAAUAUCCACAAAACACUUCACUAGAUGAUCUGCUUGGUCUUUCUCUUUGUAAUUGCUGGGUUUAAGAGUAGAGAGCCCAGGCACAUGGUUUCCUUGCCCAGCCUUGCCACGAGAAUGCUGUUUAGCCACCCAAAAAUGAAAAUUGUCCUACAGAGCUGGACUAGUCAUAUUUUAUAAGAGCAGCCACGGCUCUAUUUUAGGGUUAGACAGAUACAUUUGAUCCUGGUUUAAAACCAAUUCUCAGACCUAAAAAGAGUUUCUCCCAUCCCUCCUUCUUCUAAGCAUGUGUUUGUGGCUUGCUGGAGAUAACGACAUGGUGCCACGUAAGCAGCCAAGUAUAGCCGGGGUGACUGGGACCCCACCGACAUAACUGGGAGGUUCCUGUGGUCCUGCUCAGUGGAGCCGUCAUCCCUUGGAGGGCUCCUGACCCGACCAACAUUAUCAUGGCCACAGGAGGCAUUGGGGGAAUUGUCUCUGUCCAUGCUCAGCCCUGAGCACCAAACGUGAAGAGAAACAGGACAUCUGUAGGAUGGUUCACCUCAUUCACCGUCAGAUGUGGGUCCCUCUGUGGUCCUGGCUCCACACAAGCUAGUGGCACUAUUUGGGUUCAGGGUGAUUGGAGAGGUACCAACUGGAAAGUUAUAUAUAUGUGUUUUUGUUAUUGUUUGUAAAAGCACUAACUUAUACUAAAAAAGUGAGUUUUGUGACAAUAACUGUACAAUUUUUAUUUUUGUAACAUGCAAACAUCUCAGAUUUCUUAUAGGAAAUAAAUUUAUUUCAGCUAUUAGCGCUC